CUCACUGUCUCAUUGUGCGUGAGAAAGCGCCUCGAUCCUAGAAGCGCCUUACCCUAGAGCGCUGCGGCGCUUGUUCCCCACCUCAGGUAACCGCCAACUGCCCCACCACAGCCUGCCCGCCGCGCGCCGCCCGCACCUCCACCUGCUCCGGCCCCAAACGACCAGCUCUGGAAGCUCCUCCGCAUCGAGAACGCUGAGCUCAGUGUGUUCUGCGCUUCGAACCCGCUUACGCCAUGGCCGAUUCCGGCGCGUUGUUGGGUUUCUUUACCCAAAUGAACAACAUGGGCGGCGUCAUCGUCAAAGAUCAGCCUAAGCUCGACCUCGAUCUAUACCUCCAGAACUACACCGGUCGGACGAGAUUCGAUCGCCUCAUCUUCAUCGGAAAGUGCUCGGUACCGCUAUGUGUCGAUGCCCUCAAGGGCGCCAUAGUGGAGGCCAAGGCCGGAUCGGACGUGACACGAUACACAGAAGCAUGGGAUUACAUUCGUAUGGCGGCGCCAAACGAGCCCGAGGCCCAGAAAGAUGAUGGGUGGGUAGAAAACACUGAGCGUGCAAACAAGGCAGAAACCGCACGCCUCGAGACUGAGCUGAAAGGAUACAAGAACAAUCUAAUCAAGGAAAGCAUCCGGAUGGGUCAUGAAGACCUCGGUCGUCAUUUCGAGAAGAUCGGUUCCCUUAACGAUGCUGCGGAAGCAUACAGCAGGAUGCGUCAAGACGUGAGCACUGCCAAGCACAUCGUCGACUGCGGGAUGCAUCUCGUCAGCGUCUCCCUCCAGCGUCGCGACUGGUCUAUGGCCCUUUCCAACCUCGGAAAGAUCACCGGCGUCCAAAUGAACGACGAGGAUAAGUCCCUUCAGGUUUACACCAAGAUCGUUUCGGGAAUUGCCCUCCUGGGUCUCAACCACUACCAAGAAGCUGCAAAGAGCUUCCUCCAGGCCGACUUCAGCGUGCCCUCGUCAACGUACAGCCACAUCGCAAGCCCCAACGACAUCGCCGUCUACGGAGGGCUGCUAGCCCUGGCCACCAUGGACCGAAAGGAUCUACAGACUCGUGUGCUAGACAACCAGUCUUUCCGGACGUUCUUGGAGCAUGAGUCCCAUAUCCGAAAGGCAAUCAGCCUCUUCGUCAACGGCCGAUACUCGAGUUGCUUGUCGAUCCUUGAGUCAGUUCGCACCGAUUAUAUGCUGGAUAUCCACCUGCAGCGACACGUCCCCGCCAUAUACGCGCAGAUCCGCAGCAAAUCUAUUGUCCAGUAUUUCGUACCCUUCUCAUGUGUCACCAUUGACACCAUGAACGAGGCUUUUGCCCAGAAGGAAGACACUAUCGAACAAGAACUCGUGGACAUGAUUCGCGAGGGCACUCUUAAGGCUCGAUUGGACGGCAAGAACAAGUUGGUUAUUGCCGUCGUUCCAGACCCUCGUCUUGAGAUGCAGAAGGAGGCUCUGGAGGUUGCGCGUCAGUACGAGCAGGAAGCCAGAGAGAGACUCCGCCGUAUGAGUCUCAUGGCUGCCGGCCUCGAAGUGGCCGGACAGAAAAAGCAGGGUGCCAGGGUAACUGAGGAGUGGUUCGACGACAAGUCUCUCCCCAGUGGAGUUGAGGCUCAAAACUGACCGUCUCCUCUUUGACCAAAUCGAGUGGAGGAUGAAUUAUCCGCGGAGCCAUGCCUAUUUGACAACAACCACCGUUGUUUGGCGGAUUAUUUUGGGGAGGAUGGAGCGAGAAGAGGCCAUUUAACGACGAUACCGAAUCAGAGUUGAGAAUGCAUACAUCACGGCCCAGGCGUUCAGGGUCCCGGUUACUACGGCACGUCAAAUGACGUACCUUGCAAGAUUAGAUCAGGCGCAAAGGGGCAUAGUUUACACAGACCAAUCACGAACCUGUUAUUCCCGGGGAGAGAG